AUAUAAUUUAUUUGGCAAAUAAGGAAGAUCAAAUUGCUGUUGCCGAAAGUGACCGGGGAGUUAAGCAGCAAGUGCAAGAGCCUAUUUUGGAAGAAUAAGAAACUUCUGCUCGUGAGCAUCAUCCAAUGAAGCAGAAACCCCAAAGAAGAUCCAGACAUAUUACUUCUAAAAUUGCCUCUAUUGCACCUCCUAAUUCAACAGCUAAAGGCGUCAAGAAGAAACGGCAAAGCAAGUCUAGAAUGGAGAUUGUAGAAGAGGAAGUUGCACCUACUGAGAGUCUUCCAUCUCCUAAAGAAUUACCAGCUGGAAAGGAUGGACAAUUUGUUGUGUCAGAAUGUGCACGAGAUAAAAAUAAUCUUGAUUUGGACGUUAGCAAAAAGGUUGUCAACAGCGGUGAUGCAUGCUCUAACAAAAGGAGAAAGGAAUUGAGAAUGAAUUCUGGAGCAAAGCAGUAUGGGUUUACAGAGGCCUCUCCUAUAUUUCUUAACAUGGAGGAAGACAAGGAUUCUACUGAAAAUAUGGAGGAAAAUAUUACUGCAUCACCUGUGAAGUUGGUAGGCUCUUCUAAAGACUAAGAAAUGAAGCAGUCUGCUCACAAAUCUGUGGUGGUCUAUGAGAAGGAAGACAACUUAGUAAAAGAUGUCGUAGAGAAUUUAGUCAGUGGCAACAAUAUUGAGAGUGAAGUGCAUUGCAUGUCAAGUCAGACUGUCAAUAAAACAUGUGUAUUGGGUGAUGUUAACGGGUCGGACCUCAAACACUUGAAAUAUGAAAGCGAGGGUAGUCAAGGGGUGGAUUAUUCUCUGAUAACCUUUCCAGUUGAAAGUCAUGGAAAUGAAGUGUCUGAUCAAGAAAUGAAGGAAGAUAUAAAUUUACUGGACGCACAUUUUUCACAUGAAUCUUUGGUUGUUUACAAGGAGGAUAGAGCCCUUGUGGAAAGUGAGGUCCAGGUUGAUGCUGAUGACAGUGAAAUGGGAGCUGUUAUAGACUCUAAUGGGGUUAAAUCUAGGCUGGUAGAGUUUGAAAGUAAUGUUAUCAACAUGGAUGAGAUAACUUCUGGAGACAAUGGUCAUUCAUUGGCUGAUCAAAGAGAUCUUAUAGAAUUGGAGACAGAGCUAUUAGGUGGUGAAAACACUAACUUCGUGAGUGAUGACGCCACUGCUGCUAUAAGUAGAAUUCCUUUGGGAGAGACUAGGACCAUACUGGAAUUAAAAGAUACCAAUGUCACUGUUGCUGAAUCCGUCAAGAAGGAAGGUUUUGACAUUAAUAGAACUAGUGAAAUUACUCGUUUGAAGAGUGAAUUAGAAAAUUUCCUGAAGAAAGCUGAAAAAUGA